UUACAUUAUAUCAAUUGAAGUCACAUGACUACAUUGGAAUUUGAUAGGCCAAACAAAGUUAAUUUUUCCAUUCAAGUUGUAUUGUUCCUUAGACAUUUUUUUUCGACGAUGGAUUUGUUUGUUUGCUAUUGUAGAAAAGUCCCAAGCCUCACAAAAGAAAUUAUAGACUUUAUUCUCCAACACAAAUGACAAAUGCAUAUCAAAUGGUUAAAGAAAAGAAAAUGUCAGUUAGAAAAGCUUCAAAAAUUUUUCGGGUGCCCGAUACAACACUUAGGGACAGGGUUCUGCUAAAAGUUGACCCAGAAACUGCUGUUUUUGGUAAAACUCAAGUUCUAGACAACCUUGAAGAGGCCAAUCUAGUCAAUCAUUUUAAAACAAUGGCAUCCUUUGGUUAUGGGUAUACCAGACAGGAAUGCAUAAAUAUUGCAACAGAUUACGCAAUUUUUGUGGGUGAGAGGACCCCUGACAAGCCAUUUUCUAUGAAGUGGAUGAGAGGUUUUUUAAAGCGAUGGCCUGAACUUAAAGUUUUGAAGCCACGAGGGUUAGAGCACGUAAGAGCAAAGAUGGCUUCAAGUGAAACUGUGUCCAAAUACUUUGAAAAUCUUUGUAACACUCUCUCUAAACAUGAUCUGUAUGGAAAGCCUCAUCUCAUUUUCAAUGUUGACGAAAAGGGUAUUUCUGUUGACCACAAACCACCAGCCGUGGUCGGAGAUUCUGCUUACUGUCCCCAGUCAGUAACAUCAGGUCGUGGAAAGACCAUCACUAUUCUUGGUGGAGGCAGUGCAAGUGGUGUCUCUAUACCACCUUUUUUCGUCUUUCCUGGCAAACGGAUGAUGCCAGAGCUGUUGAGUGGAGCAUCCCCUGGGGCUAGUAGCACAGUAAGCGAAACUGGGUGGUCAAACAGUCUAAUCUUCCGACACUAUCUGGAACACCACUUCCUGAAGUUUGUUCCACGAGAUGAAGGACAGAUCUUACUCCUUUUGGAUGGACACAAGUCCCAUGUGUCAGUGGAACUGGUAGAGUGGGCAAGUCAGAAGGGGAUAAUCAUCUUUAUUCUUCCAGCCCAUACAAGCCAUGUCUUGCAGCCAAUGGAUGUUGCCUGCUACGGACCAUUUCAAAACAUUUAUAAUAAUCAGUGUCACAAGUUAAUAAGGGAAACAACAGCAACAAUUACCAGGUAUAACAUUUGUGAAGUCGCAUGCAAGGCAUAUACAAAGGCACUGUCUCCUGAAAACAUCCAGUCAGGGUUUCGUCGCACUGGCAUUUACCCCCUUUGCAAAGAUGCGGUUCCUUCGAGGUAUUUGGUACCAGCAGAAGUUUUCAAGGGCCUGGCCACUGAAAUUAGAAAUGAAAGCCAAGAGAAUGAAAGAGGAUUUGAGCAAAAAAAGGAAGAAAAUGUAGAAAAUUAUGUGGUAAAGUUACAACAGAAAGAGAACCAUCUGAAGGAAAAAAAGAGUGCUGGAGAAAUGAAAGUGAGGAAAACAAUGAGCAAGAUUGUUUCAGGGAGAGAAAUCUCAGAAAGCGUGUAUCAGCGAAUGAAAGAUCAUGCAAAUAGUCAAAGGAAACAAGAGAAAGACAUAGGGAGUAAGAAGCAUCAGAGGACAAGUUUAAAGAAAAAUGCACAUCUUGAUGACAUACCUGGCCCAUCAACAAUGAAUCUGACUGUCUCAAGGGAUCUCCGAAACAGUUCAGACUCUGACAGUGAUGUUGAGAUGGAUCCUUCUAAACUUUGCUGCAUUUGCAAGAAGUUCCAGCCAGAUGAGCUGAAGAGAUGCAUUUCCCUUGUAUUUGUGAAGUGGGCGCAAUGUGACAAGUGCAGUCAUUGGAUUCACUUGAUUUAUUGUUCUCCAAUACGUGUUGUGCGAAGGAAUGAUCAAUUCUUUUGCCCACAUUGUAAUGCAGAGUAA